CCAAUGAAUCCUUAGAGAUGCAGAAGCUCAUCAUCUUCUUCACAGUGUUACUUCCAUUGCUUGCUGCGGGAUUUGAUGACUGCCCGGAGACCAGGUGCAGAAAACACGGCCCCCCUAUCCGUUUCCCUUUCAAGCUCAAACAUAUUCAUGCCCAACACUGUGGCUAUCCCGGAUUUGAGUUAUUCUGUGAUGAUAGUGGCAACACCGUGAUGGAGUUGCCCCAUGCACUCAAAUUACACGUUCAAAUGAUUCACUAUGAGUCCCAGCACAUCUUGCUAUUUGAUCCUCAUGGUUGUCUUUUCGGCAAGACACUAUUAUACCUUAAUUUAUCUCAAUCUCCAUUCCAAUAUUCCAGCGCAACACUCACCAAUUACUCCCUCUUCAACUGUUCUGCAUCCAAUAAUCCUGAAAAUUUUGAUGUUGAUCAAGGGUUAAUUUCCUGUAUUGGUGUUCCUGGUCACUCAAUAUUUGCCAUUCCUUCCUAUCAGUCCAUCGAUGAAUUCCCUUCCCCAUCUUGCCUAAAGUUUCGUGAAACUACAAUCCAUUAUCGGAUAUAUCCUUCUGAGGAUACUCUUCAACUUAGUUGGUUAAGUCCAUUUUGUUCGACAUGUGAGGUACAAGGAAAAAAUUGUGGGUUGAAGAACCAUAAUAACAUCACACUGGGAGUUCAAUGCCUUGGCACAACAAAGAGAGCUGGUAGGUACUCUGUUACGUUCGUUAUUGAUUGUUGAUUUCUUUCAUUUGAAAUAACAGAUCGAUUGAGAUACAGUAUGUAACAAUGUAGCAGAGCACCCUCUAACUUUAUUUUCCCAAAUUUAUAACAGAUCCACCAGGAUCCAAAAACCCAAUUAUUGCAGGUGCCAUUUUGGGCUUCUUUCUGUUGGCAUUUGUCAGCUUUGGCGCCUACCAGUUUUACACCACCGGUAAAAC